AUGGCUGUGGGCGAACUGGGGCCGCUGCCAUUGGCCCGCUCCAGGAGCCAAGGCGCCCUAGCCGCGGCCUUAAUCGGCAUUGCUUUUCCCGCCCUCCGACUUUCGGGCUCGGCCCGUCGCCAGCCGAUCGGCGGUGUUUGCUCUGUUUGCUCAACAGUCAUGUUCCCCACGCGUGACUGCGAAAAGAUAGCAGAUCGCGUACUCCCAAUGGCGGAAACUCAGCAGCAACAGCAGCAGCCUCCGCCGCCGCCGCCUCCCCAGUCAUCAACCCCUCCCACGCAGAAAGUCUCCGAUGUGAUCCGCCAUUAUCGUCCAACAAAGAUAUUUCGAUGUGGGAAGCCAGACAGCCCGGUUCACAUCACGUCCCUGGAUUUCGACGACCAGGGCGAGUACCUGGUAGCUUCUGGCGACGAUGAAGCGAUUCAGGUCUUUGAUAUCAAAGAAGGAAAGUCCACCAAAACGGUGCCCAGUAAGAAAUACGGGGCCCAUCUAGCGCGGUUUACACACCACUCUCGCCAGGUCCUUCAUGCCAGCACCAAGGUUGACGAUUCGCUACGUCUGCUGGAUUUACACAAUGAAAGCUACCUGCGCUAUUUCUCGGGCCACACGGAUAAAGUCACCUGCUUGGCGCUCUCUCCCGGGAGCGACGCGUUCAUCUCAUGUUCCAAGGACGACACGAUCGCGCUCUGGGACUUGAACUCGCGCAAUGCCCAGGGGAAGCUGAAGCUGGCGACCCCGUACCUGGUCGCGUUUGACCCGUCAGCCACGGUCAUCGCCAUCGCGUCUCAGUCGACGUCUUCGGUCUUGCUAUACGACUUCCGCAAUUACGACAAGCCGCCAUUCGCGACCUUUGACCUUGCACCACACGAGGAGAAGUUUACGCCCUCCACCCGUGGUAGACUAUGGACCCGUUUGGAAUUCUCGAACGAUGGCAAGAACCUCUUGGUCGGGACAGACUACCACGGGCAUUUCGUUCUGGAUGCAUUUGACGGAACUUUGAAAUCCUUCCUGGUCGGCCGGGGCGGUUCGACUGGGAGGGCAGCUCCCAUCUCGACCUCGGGGAAGCCACUGGGCCAGGGAGACGCCUGCUUCACCCCAGAUGGACGGUACGUCAUAGGAGGUGCAGGUGAACAGCCUGACGUUCUGGUAUGGGACACGCACCAGACGCCUGGCUCAGACUUACUCUUGCAGCCCAUGGCCAAGUUGCCUCACAGAGGCCGCACUGCGAUCAUCGAAAGCAACCCGAGAUACAAUAUGAUUGCAAGUGCCGACAAGGAGAUUGUGUUCUGGUUGCCUGAGGAGGGCGCAAAAGCAUCAGAGAAAUAG